CAAGCCCAACCACCAACGCUGCACCUUACAUCUCAAGCAUUCCACUACAAACAAAUAUCGCGUCGAUUACUGGUUAAGCUGGAGCAGGACGCCCCGCCACAGGCUUCGUUCUCAAGGUUGUCUUUUGUUGUGGCCGCUUGCCACGAUUUGACGAGUCUGGAAGGUAUACCUCUGUUGAUUUGUGUGAAUUGGAGAUAAUAGGAUUCGCAUAACCGACACAGGCUCUGGUCUGCUCCCAAGCCCUACUUGGGUCUUCACAAGCUUGUUUUCUCGGACUUACUACUCAUCAACAGUCACUAUGGUUGCAACCUUCUCGCCGCACCGCGAUGCGGGUGGCACAUUGCACCUCCCAUCACAUGGUGGUAUUCACCACAUGGACGCUAAUACGGCUAUUCGACAACUGCGCCGGUCAUUGUCGCGCUCACCUUCGAAAAACUCAAACUUCUCACUGCUGGCACCUCGACAUCACUCACCGUCCAAGAGUGCGCCUUUCAUCUCCUCACCUCUGUCGCCUUCACGAAGACCUGCACAGAGCAACUUUGUCCUCUUCCCCAGUUCAUCCCACCAGUCGCCCUUCGCCGUACCGUAUCCCCCAAGCGGCAAAAUAACGAGACCGGUUAUGCGUCGUGUGCGCACGUCUCCGAGAAGUCCCGUCAAACGCGCCCUGAAUAUCUCUACAGACCAGGGAAACGCGAAGCCUGCCCAAUCAAACCCAACAACGCCAGGCGUGGAGAAUUCUCCCGCAAGACCUGGGCUCGCUCUUCCGUCUCUCAGCAACUCCACGGUCGAUAUACAUCCCAGUGAAACUCUCGUAUGUGCAGAAUCUACCCUGGCACCCCGGCAAACACAUUCUCGCGUUGAGAAGCGACGCAGCGGGACAUUUGGCUCGUAUGCCACAGUCAGCCCACUGAAACGCAGCGACGGAAUCAUGAACCUGGAUCGGGCAUCUCGCGGCAGCCCUUCGGCGAAAAGGCGCAGCGUCCAGGCCACAAGCUUGUCGGGCGAGUUCAGCAUCUUUGAUAAUGAAGAUGCUUCUCAGAUCGAAGAAGACUCUAACGUCGAAUCUUCACCCGAGGCCACGACGCCGCCUUUCCCAACGAACACCACCCCAUUCAGCCCUUUCGCUACCAUCCCAAAACGAUCAUCAUCUCUCCGGCGCUCUACUCUCCAGCAGCGACAGAGUGAUCGUUCACUAUUCUCUCGUGCGAAGCCUAGUGGUGACUCGUUCGAAUCUGCAGAAACCGGUUCUCCACUAACUGUACGGCCACGUAUGUCCCUGGAUAACAACCUUUUCCAACCUAACCGAGAGAGUCCGUUUGCUUCUCGAGCUGUGUCUGGCAGCUCGCUGUUCUCGUCCACAGGAGGCAACGCCGGGCAGUCGCGUCCUGCUGCCCAUCCGCUUUCAAGAACCAUCACGCAGUCAUCUUCUGGUUCGAGCUUGGUUGACGACUCUCCUACCCAUGAACCUGUCCACAAGGCCGAUCGCCCAAGGGGAGUCUUUGAUUUCUCCAAAUCGCUUCCUGCGGGAAGCGCGCGACCAGUACCAUUACGACACUUGACUCGUGAGGAUUCGACGUCCUCUAUGGACUCGUUCGCAACGCCAGAGAACUACAAGCUAGUCAAACCUCUACCGGCUGCUUUCAUGUCCACAGGCCUCAUCUCCAAGAAGAACCGCAAUGCAGAAGACCCGCAGAGUGGCCUCGGAUUCAGCAAAAACAUGCCGGAUACCCCAUGUAAACGGCCAAUCAACCUUUUUCCUGGGUCCAAGCUUCAGCCAGAGCGACCUCUGGACAUAUCAGCCUCGGUCCGUCGGUCGGACAUAGUUCCUCCAACGCCGUUCAACCCACCAAGUGCUCGACAAAAACCGGGGCCUUUUGCAAGAGGUAUGGGGAUCUUUGGAAGUUCGUUCAGCAAACCGGAGGUAUCCCGUCGUGGUAGUUUCGCGAGCAUCGAUGGUGAUGACUUGUUCGCAUCUCAGUCACCGUCUGGCCGACCAAACAGUCAAUCUUUCUGCGAAACAGACUUUCCCCCGACUCCUACGAAGCAGAGUUUCUUUCCUUCUCGCACUUAUCCCCCUCCCAUCUCACAGAUCGCCUCCUUAGAAAGGCUCGCGGAAGUUAAAGGGACCAGCUCCAGCCCACUGCACGACCGAUUCCAGCGGGGAUCACCUCACACACCCCAAGAUCACCUGUUCCCUGAUCCGAGUGGGCUAUCAAUAUCUAACGAUCAGCAAUCCACCAGACCAGAUUUUGACUCUUCCAACCUCCCAGCAACCCCAACUGGUCCGCGUGAUUCAUUCUUUCAGUCAGGAAAGCGUCCUAGCCUACCAUUGGCUGGUUACCAUGUACCCGACGUGGAUCCAAGCCUGACUUCGCGUUUUGAACGAGUAGAACUGGUUGGCACAGGUGAAUUUUCUCAGGUCUACCGCGUCGUGGAACCUCAGCAAAUGUCAAGGUCAUCAUUACUCUCGGAAGGAACCGACACUCCUAGAGUUUUCACCGAGCAAGUAUGGGCUGUGAAGAAAUCUAAACAGCCAUACUCUGGGCUCAAAGACCGUGAACGUCGGAUCCGGGAAGUGGAUAUACUUAAAUCACUGACGAAUUCGGAUCACAUCAUCUCUUUUAUGGACAGUUGGGAAGAUAAUGGUCACCUUUAUAUCCAGACGGAGUUCUGCGAAGAAGGUAGCUUGGAUGUCUUCCUCGCUCAAGUUGGACUCAAGGCACGGUUAGACGAUUUUCGGAUCUGGAAGAUCUUGAUGGAGCUGUCAACGGGUCUAAAACGCAUCCAUGAAAUGGGGUUCAUCCAUCUCGACCUGAAACCAGCAAAUAUCCUGAUCACCUUCGAAGGUGUUUUGAAGAUUGCCGAUUUUGGCAUGGCAGCACGUUGGCCAGCUGACGAUGGAAUCGAAGGCGAAGGUGACCGUGAAUAUAUUGGCCCCGAAAUUUUGAUGGGUCGCUUUGACAAGCCGGCGGAUAUCUUCUCCCUCGGCUUGAUUAUGUUCGAAAUUGCUGGAAAUGUUGAAUUGCCCGAUAAUGGGCUUUCGUGGCAAAAACUGCGGAACGGUGACAUGAGUGACAUUCCUAGCUUGACAUACAGCUUCGAAACAAGCAUAUUUCGCGAUGCAUCCGGGAACCCAAUCCUAGAGGAGCCGUCAUUCGAAGAACUGUGUGCAUCCGACUUUGGGGAUGACGAUUUUGGAAUGGACAGCUUUCUCGGAGCUCGAGAGUCCACUGAUCGAAACGCAGUUUCCCUUGCUCGAUCUGGCGAGCUUGUUGAUCCUCCUGGCUUCAUGGUCGAUGCAAACCAUGAGCAAGCUUUAGACAAGAUUGUGCGAUGGAUGAUUUCACCUGAACCGCUUGAUCGACCCACGGCAGAGCAAGUCCUUGAUACGUACGGUGUGCAGUUCGUUGCUGGCCGACGUCGAGCUGGAGCCAUCGUUUACGAAGGCAACUGGGGUCCUGCCGAUGAGGUCCUCGUUGAAGACGCAGAGAUGAUCGAUGUUUGACCAGUACGACUUGACAUAUCUAAUGCAUUUGGACGGAGUUGGCGCUUUCCUUUACAAUACCAUCUAAUGACGGCGUUCUAUGUGAGAUUCCGAACUAUCAAUCUUAAUGUCCAUUUGACUAUCUCGAUGACCAUGAUGGAAUCGAGAUUGCCAACCGACCAUCUCGCAUGAACCGGAUAAUGUUGAUAUGACUGACUGACGUAUCCGGUUUCAUCGAAUGGGGGGUCUCCACUCAUUUCCUUUUCGCACAUUUCUUUUGUUUUUAUCAAUGGGUCGCUUACUUAGCGAGACUACUGGCAUUUCACAUAUCGC